AUGAUGCAAAUUGUGCCACAUACUCUAGCUGCUGAUCUAGACAAAACUGAAAUAAAUGCUGAAAAUUGGUAUGAAACAGAGAUGUUCAAUAUAAAACCAGAUAUAAUGACAAUGAUAAGAAAUCUUCAACAUCCAAUAUUUCGUUAUAAAUGGAAUGUACAAAUUUGGAUUGAACAGAUGAAAAAAUUAGAUGUGAGAAAUAGACAAUCAAAACAAUAUGAUCUUAAUCGACAUUUAUUACGAGUAACAGUUAUGUUAAAUACAAUAGGUGUUGUUCGAAAGAAAAAAUAUGUAGUUGAUGAUGAAGAAAUAAUUUUAAAAUCUGAACCUAUGAAAACAAUUGGAUACAAUUAUCAAUCAAAAUUAUUAUACGAAAAAACAAUUGCGCAAACAGAUAUGAAAACACCCUAUCCAUCAACAAAUAUUAUUGUAAUUAAUGAAGAUUGUCUUGUUCUUUAUGAAAAAUUAGUCUCCGAAGGCUAUCGACCAUUAUUAUUAAAUAUGGCAAAUGCAACUAAUCCUGGAGGUGGAUAUCGUAAAGGUGAUGGAGCACAAGAAGAAAAUCUAUUUCGUCGAUCAGAUUAUUAUCAAAGUCUUGAUUCUGAUGUUGCCGAUAAAGAUCGAUCAGAACGACUUUAUUGUACAACAAAAUGUGAAUUGAAACAAUCAACAACAUUUGAUGAAUACUAUCCAAUGAAAGAAUUCGGAGCUAUUUAUAAACAUCUGGUAUUACUGUUUUUCGUCAAACAGAAGCCAAUGGAUAUGCUUUUAUGA